GUCCUCUUUGCAUAUCACGUGCCCCCGUUCUGUCCAAUAAUCGCGCGGUGUUAAUGUACACAGGAGGCGCGUGAGUAUCCGUAACUCUCUCCCAGAGACGGUAUCUGUUUUUUCAGAGCUGAACAAUUUGGAAAAGAGCUCGCUACGCUAGUCUCGAUGUGGCGCGUGCUAUGACAGCGUCGUUACUUCUCCCCUCCUCGCGCUGGAUCGGUGAGCCGCCGGUGAUGUUCCUCUACGACAGCAGCGCGAGCCCGAUCGCGGAUCACGAGAUCAACAAGAACGGAAUGGAAUCUGGCGGCUUUGCGGGAGGCAACUUCGCCGCGAGCCAGCAGUGCCGAAACCUGAUGGCGCACCCGCACCCCACCUCGCUCGCGCCCAGCAGCACCUACGGAACCACCGAGCUGCCCUCGAGCGGCAUCAGCAGCGAGCCCGGUAAACAGUGCAGCCCGAGCUCUGCCUCGCUCCCCUACGGAUACUUCGGGAGUACGGGCUACGGAUACCCGUGUCGCGUGCCCCCCGUUCACCAUCACAGCGCCAAGCCGUGUGCGCAGCCCUCCUAUCACGCGGACAAGUACAACAUGGACACGCACACUCACGCGCCAAGCAGCGCCGUUACCACCGAGGACUCUUUCCCCGCGCGCCCCAAAGAGCUGGAGUUCGCUGCCUUCUACCAGAGCUACUCCCCGAGCCCCUACCAGCACGCGCCCAGCUACCUCGACAUGCCGGUAUUACCGGAGCCCCGAGGCCACCACGAGCCUCUGCUGCCCGUUACCGUAGACAGCUACCAGCCGUGGGCGCGAGGGAGCGGUUGGAACAGUCCCGUGUACUGUCCCGGGAAAGAUACCGCGAGCUCCGGGAGCCUCUGGAAAUCGGCCAUCCCAGAUCCCGGUGGGCCCGGUGGCGACGGCAACAUCCGCAGAGGCCGGAAGAAGCGCGUGCCCUACACCAAGGUGCAGCUACGGGAGCUCGAGCGCGAGUACGCGGCCAACAAGUUCAUCACAAAGGACAAACGGCGACGCAUCUCCGCGCAGACCAAUCUCACGGAGCGGCAGGUGACCAUCUGGUUCCAGAACCGCCGCGUGAAGGAGAAGAAGGUCGUCAACAAGUUCAAGGGCGCGAGCAGCUAAGGGGCGAGGCGAGGAUUUGGCGGGAGAGAGAGAACUAUAGGGCACGCGGAGGAAGAUACGCGGGACUAAAUAUGUUAAUUUAUUAUUUUUUUUCCCUGAUAGUCGGUGGUUGACUCCUCCGACAAGAGACCAGUCGGGUUUUACCGGUUUGGCGACCAGUUCCCUCCUCUGAAUUCAAUGUGAGGAGCGCGAGGGUGAUCCACCGGGGACAGUGGCACGCGUAAAAGCAGUUGCAGAGCCCGCGCUCUCUCCACUGGUAAAACACGCUGUGGACUGUAAACCGUCUCCCGGUGUGCUGUGCAUCUGGUCCAGGGGCCAAACGGUACCGGACCCCCAGCAGCGGAAUAGUUACCAGCUGAGUCCACGCGCACAUCUGCGGCACUCUGUCCAACUCCAGCGCGCAGUCUGAAGAGUCAAGAAGGAUCAUGAAGACUUCAGGGAGACAUGUCGAGACACGGCACGGGAAAUCACGGGCAGCUCGCAGUGCCCUUCCUCGCGGGUGCCAACAACACCGUCCCGCUUUGGCAUUUUUGAUUCCAGAAGCUCGUGUUGAAACGAAACGAAACGGGCUACCGUUCGUUCCCACGAGCCCGCCUCGCCAACGGUCCGUUCACAGCAGACUUUGAUUUUUUAUUUUAUGUUCGUUUUGUACAUAAAGCCGAAACACGAACAGCCAUAAAGCAGCCUGGAGCACUUCUGAACACAGGACAUAAAUACCCAGUUUAGCAUUUGAUGAUCAUAUCCACAUGUAUGCUGUUACUCAGCUCAACUUCUUAAUUUAAUUACAGCCGUCCGAAAUAAAAGCGGAAAUGGAUCUAUGAGUUGUUUAAUAUCUGUUUAUAUUAUUAUUUUGAUCCGAAUAAAAGGGCGGAAUGUUUGCCCACAGUAGCUGUCACAG